UCAUUUCCUGCUACAAAGUUCGUUGUACGCAUGCGCUUUUAGCUGUUUAUGCCAUGUGCUAAAUAUUUCCAGAGGGUUCUACACUAGUGCAGCUGAGGUCGUCGCAAGACUAAAGAACACAUUUAACAUGGCAGCCGCAUUUAAGAAGUUUUUGCCCAUGUUCGAUCGGGUCCUGGUUGAGAGAUUUGCUGCCGAGUUGAAAACCAAAGGGGGAAUCAUGAUCCCUGACAAAUCAGCAGGGAAAGUGUUGGAGGCGACAGUGGUGGCAGUAGGACCAGGAAAUAGGGACAAGUCAGGAAGUAUUGUUCCAACAAGUGUGAAGACAGGAGACCGAGUUUUACUGCCUGAAUAUGGUGGCACUAAGGUUGUGUUGGAGGACAAGGAUUACUUUUUAUUCCGGGAUAGCGAUAUACUGGGAAAAUUUGAGUGACAUGGAAAUCAAAACAAUUACGAUGAACAAUUUGACCAGGCAUUUAUGUGAUGAAGACAGUGUUAAUCCAGAAGAACACAUCAUAUUGGGAAGGAACAAGGAAUAUUAUCAAAUUAACAGAGAUUGACCUGCUAUGAGGUGUUCCUCUUGUCCUUAUAGACCCAAGUCUGCUUCUCAUGUACAGCGAGUGGUGUUUUGUAAUGCAGAGCAUAACUUAACACAGAGACAAAUAAUAAUCAUUGUGUAUAAUAAGUGGUGUGAAUGUGUGUGUAGAUUAUAAUAGAUUAUUCAAGAGUGAAAUUCAUUGUAGUUUGUUUGUUUAUCAUUCAGACUAGUUUAAUUAGAUAUGUAUCUUUGGUGUUUGUUAUAAAUUAGAAAAUUAUGUCUGGGUUUUCAAACUGAUAUUCAGUUACAAAUAUCUGGGGUCUACCAAAACAUUACCAGGAAAAAGUAAUGUGAAGUUUAUUGCAAUGAUUAAUACUAGAAUAUUUAGAAAAUAUUUAAAGUAAAAAUUGAUUGAUGUAAUGUUAACCAAUGAAGACUCCUCGUAAUUCUAAAGAAUGAUGCAGUUACUAGUGAACUGCUAUAGGAAACUAUAGAUCACAAGACGCUCAUACUUAAUCAUCUGAUCACCAGUCAUUUUAAUUGAUCAAAAAUAAAGAAUAAAACAACCAAAA